GAAGCUUUCUGAACUUUCAAGUACAACAACGGAAUAGUCUUGAUUAUUCAGAUAAACUGAGGCAAUCAUGUCGACCGCACAAGCUUCACAGAGCUCGAAUCCCAACCCAAAUGCAAGUGCUCUACUAUGGGAAGCCGUCAAUGGUUGUUAGCCGAGUCGCGGCCUAUUCGAGAUCUGUUGGAGCAAUCUACAAGAGUAAAAGGAUGUAUCAUUUUCACAGAAAUCGAGCACUUCCAAGGCCAAGGACGCAAUGCUUUGCGAGACACUAUCAUGAUGCGCUUUCCCAACACACCACAAAUGUUCUGGUCAAGGACAUGUGCACUUCACAAUGGUUUCUUUGGUUGCGAUCAUUCUCUUCCUUCAGCCACAACACAAUACUCGACCUACUUCCGUUUGGCUGUCAAGACCCCGCAGAACCAAGGACUGCCGGAUUAUGAUUCGCCAUACGGCAGUUUGUCCUACGAAUGGUCGGAGAUGGGAUUUUUAUCUGCUUCUUCCACGACUUGGAAUGUUAUGAUAUGCUUCAAUGUGCCUCAGAGCAUUAUCACUGGGUUGCAACCGACAUUACCGACGCUGUUGGGAGAUAUUCUGGGACCGUAUGCGUUGCAUAUACCUUUGUUGGAACAGUUGGUUGAGCUAUACGACAUGAGUGUCUCGUACACGGGUGGUACAGUUGACAUACUCGAGAAGGAACUUACAAAACCUGGAUAUCAAGAAACCGAAACCACAGCUCCUGGAGCCCCCUCAGCCUCGGACAAACAGCGCAGAACUCAGCUUGCAGCCAUGUUUGAGAUUUCGAAUCACAUCACCCACUUGAUCGAAACAACACAAAUUGCCGCAGAGACAGUCGAUCGCAUGAGAUCAGAAUGCGAGGGCUACGCUGCUGUGCAAAAACCUGUCAACUUGUCACUGGCGCCGAGAGCGCGCAAACUCGCUUUCCUACACAGUAUGCUGAGAGGAAUUUCUGCACGUACUAGGUCUAACGAGAAGGAGUUAGCUGGAGCGCAGAGUUUGUUGACGAAUAUGAUUGCUCAGGACAAUCAUGAGGUCUUACAGCGAUUAGCUGCUUCGAAUAGCGACUAAGCGUAAACCGCGAUGGCAAAAUUCUUUUCAUGAUUUCGCUACCCCUCCCUCUAGAAGAAUCUCGCAAGAGUUAUAGGAAGCUGAUUAGCAGCGCCGGAGAAAAGUGAUAUGGUGGCUCCUCAAGGCUCAAAGGAUUCGAAGUUUCAGCCACGCCUGCGGGGGCGGCU